UUGUUCAGAUCUUCCAUCCUUCGUCGUCAUCUCCGUUUCAUUUUAGUGUUUUCUUGAAAACUUCGAGCUUGAUGGGUGAUGGUUUGAUGGGGAGCAACGGAGAUGGGGUGAAGAUGGGAUGGGAAUAUGAUAGAGAACAGAGGAAGAGUAGGAAUGGGUAUUGAACAGAAUGAAGAGAGGAUAGGCUAUAUGCUUAGGAAAAGAGAAGGAGAAGCUGCUGUGGGCUAUGAAGUUAUCGAGAGAAAAAAGAAAAAGACAUACCUCUAUGGAGUCUGAUGAUGGCGGGCAACAGGUGGUCCCAUUUCAGCUUCAAUUCGAUAGGCCGCUCCCUUCUCAAAUAAAGAUUGCAGAAUGGAACCCCGAGAAGGAUUUGCUCGCGAUGGUGUCGGAGGACUCGAAGGUAAUGCUUCACCGCUUCAACUGGCAGAGGCUGUGGACAAUCUCCCCUGGGAAAUCGGUAACAUCAAUAUGUUGGCGUCCUGAUGGGAAGGCCCUCGCUGUGGGGCUAGAAGAGGGAACUGUUUUGUUGCAUGAUGUUGAAAAUGGGAAACUGCUGAGGAGCUUGAAGUUCCACACUGCAGCAGUCGUAUGUCUUAAUUGGGAGGAGGACCUACAAUCACAAAAAAAUGGUUGUGAUAAUAAUUUAUCAUUUGAAGAUCGAACUCCUCAUUUCCUUCCUCCUGCUCCUAGAGCUCCUCGAAUGCCUGGACUAGUCUCUGGAGAUGCUGGCUUCACCGAUGAUGGUCAAGAUUCAUUUGUGGAGUUCUCAAAUUCCUCCCACCGACGAUUCAAUAUUCUCUGUAGUGGUGAUAGAGAUGGAACUCUACUCUUCAGUAUCUUUGGCAUUUUCCCUAUAGGAAAAAUCAAUAUACACUUGUGCAAAAUUCCUUACAUGGUCGAGGAUAGGCAAACCAGAUGCAAACUUCUGAACUCUUCCAUUGCCAAGGUUGCCUUGUCAAAGGAUCUUUGUCAUUUAACAGUCACGUGCUAUGGAGAACUCGUUGAAGACGAGACUGAGUUAGGAGAUGAACAAAUGGUUGGCCAUAAUAUGCAUGGGUUGCAUUGCUUAAUGCUUGACACCUCUAUUUUUCAAAAGAGGAAAAAUGAACUUCAUCAGGUUGCUCAGCAAGCUUCCAAUAUUGAAGAGUUAAAUGAGGUUGUUCGGGCUUCACUAUCAGUUAUGCAUAAGCAGUGGUCAGACGCAAUGAGCACGUUUCACGAGAAAUUCAAUUCUUUAUCCAACUUAAUUGUUGGUCAUGGACUUGAUUCGUCUCCACAAGAGGAAUUUCUUAGCCUUCUAGGAGGUGCUAGAACAAGUCCACCGGUCCAUCAGUUCCUUGUCAAUUCCCUUGGUGAAUCGGGCACGAAGCGGCUCUCCAAAGUUGUAUGUGGUGCUGGCAAAGAACUUCAGCUUGUAGUACUCAAUCAUCUACAGCCUGCUGCAGAAAUUAUUGCCUUUAGGAUGGGAGAGCUCAGGGGUCUUUCGAGGUGGCGUGCUCGGUAUCGGGGUAUUGGUUUGGAUGAGACCCUUAUUGACAGUGCAAUGGAAAAGGCUGGUAUGUUUCUUGUGCAAGUGGAUCGGUUCAUGAGAGUGCUCUCGUCUGUCGUACAGCUGUUUUCAAAUUUCUUCAGCUGGCUUCUCAAGUGUAUAAAGCUACUGAUGUCGGAAGCAAGUGAUCAGCCUCCAAUUUACAAUAGUGAACUUGUGAUUGUGUUCUUGAAAUUUUUGUAUGAUCAAGAUCCUGUUAAGCAACUGCUCGAAGCAUCUGAGGCUGAUCACUGCAUAGAAAUUGACCUAGAAACAACGCAAAGAAUCAAAGAGUUGAUUCAGUUUGGCGGAUUUUCAGAUGCUAAAUAUUUGCAGAGGACUUUAGCUAAGGAAUUCUUGCAGUUGGAGCUGAGUUUUAAGGAAGCUGUUGGGAUGCCCUUUUCUACGAUUUCAAAGAAGAUAGUAUGUGAAGAUUUAUUGCCGCUGUCCCCUCUUACCUCAGCCUUGCCUAGUCAUGUUCCUAUUUCAGUAUCAUACUACGAGGAUACCUCAAGCAUUAUUUCGUCUGGAGAGUCUGAGAGAAACUUGCUCAUCGAUUACAUUUCUUUCCAGAUACCUGAUGAGUCCUUGGAUAUUGGAAACUGUAUAGUCAUUUUGAGAGGCUUAAUGAAUGCUCCUGGCAGCAGGAGCAGGGGAGAAAACUCCCUUGAAGCUAUCUUAUUGUGCAUUCCUGACGGUUAUUAUUGUGUGGACCUUUCUCUGUAUAAGGAAAGUCAGAUUGUUCUGUUGCUGAACGAGAGGAGGGAUGCUUCUGAAAGCUCAGGAGAUGCCUGUCUUAUGAUUCUCCAAGCAACUGAGCUCGCUUUUUCACACAUUUCAAGAUCCUCCCGUCUAAAUGAUUGGGAAGUACUCCAACUGAAGGAUUCUGUUGUACGCCUAGAAAUGGCGAAUGAGAAGGCUCGUAGUAUUCCCCAUUCUGUGGUCUCUCCCUUGGCUGUUAGCGCAUCUCGAGGAGUCGCAUGUGUUUUUGCUGCCAAGAAGCGCGCCAUUGUCUAUAUAUUGGAUGAGGAUGAAGAAGAAGAAGCCUCUGAUGCUGAAUAAAUGCAACCGAGAUUUUGCUGAUAACGGAAAACAAAGUUUUGUUGCUCCGGCCAGGGGAAAUUUGCCUGGUUUGACAAAGUAAACCGUAUCUUCACCUUUGUAACUUAUAGACAUAGGAAAGGGCAGAGAAAUAGCAAGAAGCAAAGGAAUGGAAUUAGAGUUAUAGCCUUGUUAGAGUGGAUAUGCUGCGCGAUCAAAACGUGCUGCAGAGAUGGCCAAAGGACUUGAUAAUCUCUAAUAUAAAGAUCUCGGCUUCCUGCCUUUCAAAAUU